UAUUGAUAUGGAAACUGAAUAGUUCGAUGCCAUCAUUCAACGAGUUAACACGUAUUUCUAUAAGAAUCGUAUCAAAAAGAAAAAUACCAUUAAACUAACUAACAUUUAUAGAAUGUUAUCUGUUCAGAGAAAGCUAUCAUAUUUCGUUUUAAUAAUAGUUUGUAUAUAUUUAAAUACGAGUUUAACAUCUGAGCCCGAAAAUCCGCUGAUAGGCAAAUGUUAUCAAUGCAGUUCAUCAGAUGCAAAAUGUAUUGAGGACUUAGCAAACUUGAGCAAAGAUUGUAGCGAUUCAAGUUUUAACAGAUGCUUUACAAAAAUCGACGAUGAUGGCGUUGUAACACGCGGUUGCCUUCCUAAGGAUAGCACUGAAAGUGAGGGAGUCAACUACAAGCCUUGUUUGGGAGAUAAUUGUAACAAUCAUACCAUUUGUAAAAUGUGUACAGAAGAACAUGAGGAUUGUUUUAAAAUCGAUGACAACAAUAAAUAUAACGUAAUUUGCGAUGCGGACGCACAAUGCUUUUCAAAGCUAAUAAAUAAAAAGGUAGCAAAGGGUUGUGCAACGUCUUCAACCUGCACAAAGGAUGAAGAAUGUGUCGUAUGCACGGGAGGUAUUUGCAAUACUGGCCUGUUUCCAAAAGAUCGUAGAUCUUGUCAUAAAUGCGAAGGCCAGAAUUGUGACAAUGUUACAGAGGAAAUGCGGAAUUACUGCAAGAAUUAUGUAAAAGAUGACCAUUGUUAUACUUACGGAGACAGUGAGCAAAAUAUGCAACGUGGUUGCGUAUCGGAUGAAUCUUCGAAUCCCUGUCCUGCAGGAGGGGCUGACGCUAAAUGUAGAACAUGUAACGAUAAGCUUAACUGUAAUGAUACCCCUUAUAAAAUUCACCAAGAGCUUAAAUGCAUAAAAUGCUCGUAUAGCAAAGAUAAAGAACAAGAUAAAAAUUGCAUGGACGCACAAAACAGUAAUAAGGCAGAGGCUUGCUCCGAAAAAAUUCCCUUUUACGCUAAAGAAUGGUGUUUUACUCAUAAAACAAGCGAUAGUUUUCAAAGGGGUUGCCUUUAUGACCGUAUGCAAACUGAAGACGAAUGUAACGUAGACAAUGGUUGCACUACUUGCAACGAUGCAGAUGGUUGUAAUCGAGAGAAAGUUUCUUCUGAUUUCACCUGCAUUGCUUGUCGCAGUGAUGAAAAUCCAAAAUGUCGUAAUGAGGCUAACACAUUGCCAGGUAUAAAAUGCCGCACAGAGUCUUCGUUGGAUGAAAGAUGUUUCUUCGGCACUUGGCGAAAUGUGGUAAUUCGUGGUUGCUACGUAGACGCCGAUGAGCGUAUGCAAUACGUGUGUGCUGAUAAAGCAAAUCCUCAAUGCAGCGUCUGUGAGAAAAGUAACUGCAAUAUAAAACAGAUUCCGUCUAAUGCUAACAUAUUUUACGCUCUUUCACUUGAAUGGCUCCUAUUUAUUACCGUAUUUUAUGCAGUUGUUACUCAUUAAGUUAUAUUAAUUUAAAUUUUUUAAAAAUAAAAUCAAAAAUCUUUUGAUAAAAAGUUUCACUUUAAUAA